UAUAAUAUUCAAGAUAAUAUGUAAAAACUUAUCUUUUUUUUAAAAAAUCCAGACAAUUAAUACCAUGAUUAAAAAAAACUGGAUAAAAUAUUAAAUAAAAAAUAAGUCAAUUCAUUCACUAAUUUUUAAAAUGACAUUAACUAGCACAUAGCACGUAUCAAAUCAUAUUACAAAUACCAAAAUUAAUUACUUCGUAAAUAUACAAUUUAAUGUCCAUUGCACACACAUUAUCCAAUUCAUGUUUAUUAUCAACAAUUUGAAAUGAAUACUCACGUAAAUGUAAAGUUAUAUCAACUGACUAGACGAAUCGAUCGGCGCACAUCCUUUGACUAAGUAUGCGCAAGCGUUGAGUAAAUACAGUGCACUUGAAUCCUCGAUUCAGUUGCGUGCGCGAUUUUGUUGUGGUCACACCAUGUCAGACGACCUUGCAGAAAUUGAAAAGAAAUUUGGUAGUCUUAAUGAAUACAGCAUACAAUUCAAUCGAUGGGUUUUAAAACCGAUAGGUGCUUGGCCGGCCUCACUUUAUACUACAAGGAUCGAAAAAAUAAUAUCGAAAAUUUUAAUCAUUCUUUGUUGGAGUUUUUCAUUAUUUACAUUAAUUCCUGGCGUACUUCAUUUUAUCCUAGAAAAAGAAGAUACUUAUUUGAAAUUAAAAACAGUAGGUCCUUUGAGUCAUUGGUGUAUCGGAGGAUUCAAUUACGCCGUGCUUUUGCUACGUAAAAAUGAUAUAUUGCACUGCAUAGAGCAUAUACGUGUUGAUUGGAAUAUUAUCACGAAAAAGCAAAAUCAACAAGUAAUGUUGAAGUAUGCGAAAAUUGGUCGUUACAUUGCAAUUUUUUGUACGGCUUUCUUGCAAGGUGGCGUUUUAUGUACUUGCCUUGCAUUAGGAGUGUUUAAAACGACUAUCAAAAACGGCAAUGAGACGAUACAAAUAUAUAAUUUACUUUGUCCAGCUUAUAAAUUACCAGUUCAAACAAAUCCAACACACGAUAUUAUAUUAGGUACGCAAUUAUUGUCGGCAUUCAUUACCAGUUCGAGCGCUGCUGGCGCUUUUAGUCUUGCCACUGUGUUUGCAAGCCAUGCUCUUGGCCAACUGAAUAUAAUGGUGGCAUGGAUCAACGAGUUUGUUAAUCGACCAAUGGAGUUGGAUAAUGAUGUCUAUGUUAAUAAAAUAAGUAUAAUCGUCGAACAUCAUUUGAGAAUUUUAAGUUUUAUAACACAUAUUGAACACCUGAUGAAUCCAAUAUGCUUCAUGGAAAUGUUCAGAUGUAUGGUGGGAAUGUGCAUGCCUAGCUAUUACAUCCUUGCGGAAUGGUCUGAACAUAAUGUUCAGAACUUGACUGUAUAUGUUAUGAUAAUUAUAUCUAUGACUUGCAAUAUUUUUUUAAUAUGUUACAUCGGUGAAAUUUUAACAGAACAGUGUAAAAAGAUCGGAGAAAUAAUUUAUAUGACAAAUUGGUAUGAAUUAUCUAACAAAGAUAUCUUUAAUUUAAUGAUGAUCAUUUCACGGUCUAGUAUCACUGUAAAUAUGAGUGCCGGAAAGAUAAUUAACAUGUCGAUUCUUACAUUCGGUAAUACAGUGAAAUCAGUUUUCGUAUAUUUAAAUAUGCUACGUCAAAUGACAAUGAUAUAGACUAUAUAUAUAUUUAACUUAUAUUUAGAUUAUUAAAUUUCGUAACAUUUAAAUUUGAAAUUUGAAAUUCUGAAUUGCAAUUUUCUUCUUAUAAUUUAUGAAUUAAAUAUUUUUUUAUGAAAUAGUAAAUAAAUAUACAUCUUAUCAAAUAUAUAUAUAUAUAAUAAAUAUAUAUAUAUAUAUUUAUUAUUAAAAAUAAAUAUUUGUAAAAAUUUCAUUGAAUAUUUGCACUUAUUGUUAAUAAAUUUAUACAUACAUACAUUUAUACAUACAUCUUGUGAUCGAAUCAACUGGUGGUUAAGAGGAGACUUCAACUGCACUAGCAGUGUACAUUGAAUUGCUUGAGGAUAUUGAGGAUAAAUAAAAUGAUUAAAUAUAUAACAUUUACAACUUGCAAUCUUAUAAUAUAAUUUAUAAUGCAUUUCUAUAUAUUUUUGCAUUUAAAUAAAUCUUUAACAAAUUUUUUCUAUUUUUUAUUUAUAUAAUAUACUUACAUAAUUUAAGUCUCCUCCUAAUAAUAUCUGUAUUUUAUACAUUUUCCUCGAUAAAAUAGAAGAUUUCGAUUCGAAGAUCAAAAUGAUCCGCUUAGAUUUUCCAAUUAAAUAUUAUAUUUUUAUCUCGCAUAAAUAGCACAUCCGUAAAUGCAUUAAGGACAUUUCAGCUGAUUUGUUCCGUAUUUCUUUGCAAUAUAGUAUCUGCAAAAUAAAAAAAUCAUGAUGAAGAACAUGAAAACUCAUCGAUCAAUUUUCGAUUUUAUAUUUUAUAUUUCGGCGAAUCCUUUUGUGAUUGCAAAGCUUUUUUGUAUAAAAAAAAUUGAUAACGUAAUCAUGAAAUUUAAUUUUCCCGAUUUAUCCUUGAUCCACGCACCAAUUUAUGAUACAUUCCAUUACUAUAAGUACUUGGUUUAAUCAUUAUGCACGCCUGUAAAUAAUUUUAAAUUCUUUAAAGUUGUAAAGAUUAUAAACUGAAAGGAAUUAAAAAAAAAUAUAAUAAGAGAUGCAUGAACAACAUUAAUAUUGUAAAAUAUUAUUUAUAUAUUAUAUAUUAGAGCAAAAAAUAUAUAUUAUAAAUGUAAAUUUAUAGAUAAUAAUAUUAUAUUGCGUUUAUGAAUAACAAUUUUAUAUCUUAAGUUGAAGAACUAAAUGAGAUAUGUUUUGUUGAAUUUGUAAGAUGUAUGUUUAAUAUAUCUAUAUUGAAAUAGUAA